AUCAGUACUAACACACACAGCUUGUGUUACCCUCAGUGUAAACCAUUCACAAUUAAUCUCAAUAUACACAUACGACUGUGUCGAAAACACGGCGAAAUCGUAGAAAAUGAAUUCGUUCAGGGAUUUCGGAUACGUACAAUGUGUGAUUAUGUGUGCCUUUUGUUUUGAAGCAACUCUGUUUGAACUCGGGGGUAAUAAUUCUUCGUUGGACACUACUGUCAGCGUCCUAGAUGUUGCCGAAAGUCUUGGAGCAACCACGUUCUUGGAUUUUGUCCGUAAAACAAAUCUGACAGGGAAUUUUACUCAAACAGGGUCAAUAACAGUGUUUGUACCAUCCAACCAGGCUUUUGAGGACAUUCCAAAGGAAGAAAAGGAUAAUCUGCAGGAUUUAUCAUAUGUCAAGUUCAUCCUACUAUACCAUAUCGUACAUGGUGUCCACGAAAAACGCAGCUUCCGAAACGAAGUCCAAUAUAAUUCUGAAAGCAGACAAGAGGCCCAGAGUGAACUACUAAAAGUCCGUAUGAAUGUUUAUCACCGAGGAGAGAUUAUUACAGCAUCUGGAAGUCCAAUUAUUAAUUUUGACAACAAGGCAACCAAUGGAAUGGUUCAUAUCCUGUCACGUGUCAUGUAUCUACCUCCAUCGUUUGGUUCGAUUACCCGACUCACAUCUCUUCCGAUCACGCGUUACGUUUCCUACGGAUUGUUAGACGGUGGUCUGGCGGAGAAACUCAACAGAAAAGAGCCAUACACCCUCUUCGCGCCCUCAGAUCUGGCCUUUGAAGCACUACCAAACAAAACGAUGGAUCUUUUCAUUAGGAAUAAAACCGCCAUUCACCGUUUGAUGGAGAAUCAUAUUUUGUCCGGUACAUAUUUUAGUAAGGGAAUGGAAGCAAACGACACAUUUAAAACAAUGCUUGGAGAAACACUGACAGUCGAUUCUAUCAAAGGUAAUGUGACAGUCAGUGGCGCCCUCCUCGUGCUCCCGGAUUUUACCGCCACAAAUGGGGUAGUUCACAUAACCACAAAAGUCUUCCUACCACCCGAUUUUUGCUGAAUUAGAGGUCGACCGUACAUGUUGUAUUUAUGUGAUAGAGUUUACGAUGGAAUGUUUGACGAUGUAGUCUUUGUUCUUGCUCAUUACAACCUUCAUCGUUUUCAUUGUCUUAAAAUGAUGACGACGAUCUAGGGUACAUAU